GGGAAAGUGGCAAAAGGUGGGACGAUGAAUAAAGCAACUGCUGCUUAUCUGAGAAAUGGGUUUUUGCUUCCUUUCUUUUCUUUUUCUUCGAAAGAAAGAGAAAGAGAAAGAAAAAAGAUAUCCGUAAGACCUUGAUCCAACUCAUCAUCGUGUUCGUCUUCUUCUUCUUCUUCUUCCUUCAACUCGCUUUUCUUCCAACCAGGACAUGGCAGCAGAUGAAGAUAUGUCAGCUUUGAAGUCUAAGCUGAGCCAAUCAAAUGAAACUUGGAAGAAGGAGAUGGAAAGAAGCCAAUCUCAAGUGGAUGUAUUGCAGGCAAGGAUAAUGGAGGUAAAGGCACAAAUACAAGGCUCAGAGGAAGAUGCGAAAAAGGAGUUAGAGGUUCUAUGGCGAAGAGUCAAGACUACUUCUACCCUGUUGACCUACUUAAAAUCAAAAGCUAGAAUCAUGGCUGUUCCUCAUCUAGCCCAUACAUCUUGUGGCAUAAAAAAGUUAGAUGGAGUAGGGCUUGUUGACAAAGAUGGGAUUCCAUUAUCAGGUUGGUCUAGGAAUGUUGAUCUUUGUUCCUUUGAUGAUCCAGAUGAAGAAUCUUGGAUUGGAAUUAACCGUCAGCAUGGUUCCUUGGACCAACAAGAUGCAGUUUAUAUAGGUGAGAUACUCAAGUCUGUUCAGAUGGUCACGGAUGUGAUGGAAGCCCUUGUCAAAAGAGUUUUAUUGGCAGAAUCAGAAACUACUUUUGAGAAGGAAAAAGUGAGUUUAGGUCAGGAAGAAAUUAUGCGAAAGUCUGCUCAGUUAGAGAAUAUGUCCAUGAAAUUGGAGGAGAUGGAGCGUUUUGCUUUGGGUACAAAUGGUAUUUUGAAUGACAUGCGGCAAAAAGUUGCAGAUUUGGUGGAAGAAACAACUAGACAGAGACAGCGUGCUGCUGAAAAUGAAGAAGAGCUUUCUAGAGUGAAACGGGAGUUUGAGUCUCUAAAGUCAUAUGUUAGUAGUCUAAUCACAGUUAGAGAAACCUUACUUUCUUCAGAGAAGCAAUUCCAAACUAUUGAGAAGCUGUUUGAGCGGUUAGUUGGAAAGACUACCCAAUUGGAAGGUGAGAAAAUGCAGAAAGAGGCUGAAGUACAGAAACUUAUGGAAGAGAAUGUGAGGUUGAGUGCUCUGCUUGACAAGAAAGAGGCUCAACUUCUAGCAUUGAAUGAACAAUGUAAAAUGAUGGCCUUGAGCGCUUCAAACAUGUAAAUGCCAUUGCACUCUACAGAUUGCUUACUUAGCUCUUCCUUGCUGACAGCUGGAGUCUUCAUAGUGAAGCUUUACUGGAUUAAGAAGCAUCCAUGGAGGGCUCCAUAAACAUCAUCAUUGCCUUUAUCUUAUUUUCUGAUUGUCAUUUUAAUGCCUCUUUCAAGAUUGAACACGGGAAAUAAUUUUCCUUAGAAUGUAAACUUGGCGUGCUCUUUAAUGAGAAAAACAAGAUGUGUCUCUUCGCUGUACAUGUUGCAAA